AUGCAGCAAGCGACCCUUGAAUAUGCCAAUGCAUUCUCCAAUGACCCCAAAGCCCUGAUGGUGAUGGCUCGACGUUUAUCGCGGUUUGCACACACGUGUGCGGCGGGUUUGACAUACAUUUCGACGGCUAGUUCUUUGAUUGCGCACGAGACGUUUGUGGAUCCGUCGUCGGUGUACUUUCCACAGCCGACGGCGAACGAGAUCUCGAACAACAACUUAGGUUCAUAUGUGGCGAAUGCACACCGCGACCUCUCAGUGGGCAUGCGUCCGCAUGUAUUGUCGGCGUUCUCCCUCAGUGUACAGAAUAAAGAUAACGAGAGGUUGGUAUUGCCUUCGGCCCAACGAAUCUUUACCGGUGCUGACCGUUUUGAGCAGUCUUGGAGUCGGGCGGUAGAAAUGGUGGGGGAAUUUCGUACAAACAAGUCCCGCCAUGGUGAGACUACAAGCUUUCUCGCUAAUAGUCUAACCAAACUGUUGUAUAAUCGUAUGGGUGCUCUGAACGAUCCCGACGAGUACGAGCCUGUGGACUACCAAUGGGAAGACUCAUCGGAUAGACGGGGCCGAGGUUUGACGCGGGAGGAGAUCACUGAUCUGGCGGCGUUUACGGCACGUGUGGCCAUAGGGCAGUUACCAUUGAGUGAGGCGCACGACGCUUUGGGGUUGAGUUUGAUGAUCAUUGCAUCGGACCCGGGGAUCCCUGAUGACCUGAGAGCGGGUUUGAUAUUGGAGGCACGGCAGCAGUUUGUGAAGACACCCGACGGCAGCUUCAAUGCGUUGGCCUUGGACCUGACCAUGGCUGCACCGAUAUUAUCCAAUUCAAUUUUCGCCGUGACGCCGCAACUGCAGAAAUUGAACCCAGCCACCACACAUGUCGUCGCACAAAUCACUGGAGAUAUAGGAUGCACCGAGAGUUGGAGUCUAAUGACCCAGACUGUGCGCCACUACCUGUGGUACCAUGCAAACAAACAUGCCUUCAACACACCCGGCUUCAAAAAAUAUAUUGACCAAGACAUUUUAGGAGAACUCGCCAGAGCCGGUGUCGAAGAAGCAGAGUGGUCGCUUGCCACACAACUUUCUGAUGAUGACCUUCUCAAACAGACACUGCUUAGCUUCAGCGCACAUCGAGGUAGGACCGUCGCCCAGCUCAACUUGGCAAGACUCGCUCGAGACGGUAAAAUUCGAAUUGCCACAACGGACGGUAAGAAGAACGGUAUGGGCGUGCAUGAAAGUGCAGGUAUGGAUGCCAGCAUGGUCCCUGAUGCUAUGUCCCUGAUGGAGGAGGAUGCCGUGCUAGAUGCGUGGAAUCCUUCGGAAUUCCCGUUGCUGAUGACUAAGGAUGAGUUGGCCCAAUCACAUCUUGAGCUGAUUACCGAGACACCGAUGCGUUGGGAAGAUGGGGACCUCAGUAGUCCUGAGUUUGCCGCGGCUUACACAGAGGCGUUAUUGGAUGAGUCAUGGAACGCGUUCUUUGGACUUGGUCGUCCCCAAUCUUUACGUGACUGUCUGGUGGUGCUUAACAAGGUUCCUUUCCGCCUCAUAAAACAUGCCUACCUCGGCCUGUACCAAGUGCUCAUGUUACUUAACGGGUUUUUACAUAAAAUCAUUUAA